AUGGUAAUCCAGAGUAAUCUUCCACUGUACCAAGGGGAGUCUGACCCAAGUGUAUUGGAGAACUGGCUUAGAAAGUUUGAUAAAUUGAUGGUUGUUGUAAACUGUCCAGAGAACCUUAGGGAUAAUAGUGUUGUGUAUUACCUUAGGGGAGAAGCUGAUCUGUGGUGGAAAAGGUGUGAGAACGCUUUGAGAGCUACACCUAGAUUUGGAUGGGAAUCAUUCAAAGAUGCCUUAAGCACCAAGAAGGCUGCUCAUCUGUGUGGACUACAGGUGAGGAAGAACAUGAUUGAAAGUGAAACUGGGAAAAAAGGAGAAAGGAUGUUGGAAACCAGAGUCAUUGAAAUACCAAUAGUUAUAGCAACUGGUAGCAUAGUAAAAUGUACCGAGACUCAUAGGAAUGUGCCUCUGACCAUAGCCAAAACCAUUUUCCUUUCUAACCUGAUUGAGUUUGAAUUAGGGGAGUUGGAUGUAAUUUUAAGUAUGGAUUGGUUAGCCAUGUUCAAAGCCAAGACUGACUGUGAGGAACGAAAAGGUUCAUUUGAGAUCUAUCUUAGGUAA